UUCGGCUGCUCGCGACUUUUUGAGGGGUCGCGGGUCUUGUCGACAUAUUUCGCGCUGGCCCUCAGAUAUAUCUUUGCCCUUGUCAUCACUCCGUCCCGCGCUUUUCCGUGUUUUACAUCCCUCGGCCAUUCAAUCACCAGCUGAUAGAAAACAUUUUCCUUUUUUCCCCAGUCAUCGUGCGGGAAGCGCAGUCAUCAGCGCUAGCGAAGCCCGGUGGAGACUGCGCCUUCUCAUAAGCUUUGAGAUGAUUCUUCUUCCGCUGCCAGUCAACCGCCUGUCUUACAAUGCUAUUCGCCCAUCGGCUCUGUCCCCACAGAUGAGCCUCAUCAACUCAACUUAAGAAAACUAUAAAUACGUGUGAAGAUACCCUUGAUCGAAUCUAGAGUUUUGAUAUGUAUCACUCCGAUAUUUCAUCAGCUUGUGGCUCCCAAGGCAAGGCGGCUGCUGUGACUGCACUCAUGUCAGAUAUAAGUGGAGAAUCUGACUGCUCGAGUCCGCGCGUCGGAACUUCAGGCCCGAUAGCAGUUGUUGCACUCAUCGAACAAGCCGGCAUGGCACAAUCAAUCUCCAGCAACGGCCUAACCGGAAGUUUAACCCGGCCCAGACUGGCCGUGAAACGAGCGCGCGAUCCCCCCCGAAACGCAGGCGGUCAGAUAUACUGCGAUCAUCCAGAAUGCCGCGAGAAUGCCCCCGUAUUUCGGAGGCCAUGCGAAUGGAACAAGCACAUGGACAAACACGACAGACCAUAUAAAUGCUCUAAUCCGGACUGCGCAAAAUUGCCGGGAUUUACGUAUUCCGGUGGAUUGUUGCGCCAUCAGCGGGAAGUGCAUGGAAUGCACACGCCGCAGAAGCGGCUCAUGUGUCCCUUCGCCGACUGCAAUCGCAGUUCCGGGAAGGGAUUUACACGACAAGAAAACUUGAACGAACAUCUCCGACGGCUACAUCGGGGUUCUCAAGACCUUACCGUGCCGCCUACGCCAAGAAGCCCUCCUAACUCAGCAAAAUCGCUGGAAGAUGGGCGCCUUUCCGCGCUCCCGAUUCACUCAGCCAUGAAGAGGAAGCGAACAUCGAGCGAAUCCGAACACGGCUCGGAAGACAGCGGGUCUAAUAUUCAGGCGUUGCGCGAUGAAGUGGUGCGCCUGAGAUCCGAAAUACAACAAAAAGAUUCCCGACUUGACGAACUCGAGAGAGUCGUGAAGGAGUUACGCCAGACUAUUAAGCGUGAUUGAAUAGGAGUUAAUAUUCUGUUGUCUCUCUUCCCUUUUCUCUUCUUUCCUUUUUUUUUCCUUUUGGCAUAAUAUUGGUGCAUGGCAUAUGGUUAGGGGUCGGAUAAAUUGAUUUAAUUUGGGUAUCUCUUACGACAAGAUUGGAACAUCAACUAGGAGUUGCUAUUUGUUCAAAUUCGUGUCCAUAUGUCUUUAUGGGUUGGGUCUGGUUGGCGAGCAAGGUUUUCUGGCAUUAUACCCCCUGGUUUGAUAGGCUUUUAUGACAGUGAUUAUGUGCUUUUAA